CACCACAAUAGUAAACGAUACGAUUGUGCACGUUAUAUUUAUAGGUGAUUACACUCUUUCAUAACUUUCAACGGUGUUAAUAACACUUGGACUGUUUUAUCUUAAGAAUUUCUGGAAAUAUCCGAAUGAAAUCAUUGCACGAGGAAUUGACUUUAUUUCUUACAGAGAUUUUAUUAACUUCAAUAAUUUGAUAUUAAUAGUUAAGAGUAAGUAACGAGCGAAUGAAUGAAUGGCUGUUGCUUUCAACAGCACCUCCUACCGGAUAAAUUUUGCAACGGAGCAGUGCUGUGUCAGCCGCGGGACAGGGAACUAACAAUUCACUAUGGACAUUAUUGGAAAGGAAUUACGCUUCCUCUACCUCUUUAAUAAUUUUUUAAUUAAUAAAAAACCUAACUAAUGGAAUAAAUGGAUUGAUUUUCCAACAGAUAGUUAAUAAUUAUUUACUGAAGAUGAAGAAAGAAUGCACCUCUGAUUCAUCCAGAGGAGAUCUCUCAUAUUGAUAUACGUUUCUAACAUGCUGCUGGCAUCUAAUUUUCUAGCUCUUUAUAUCCAUGUCGUAUAUCUGAUAUUGAUAUCACUAGCUGGAUUUAGAUUGUGCAUAUCAGAAAGUGCAUAUAAUCAAAACAUAUCCGAAUUAUUAGAUGGUCUGAUGCAUGGAUACGAUUACCAUUUACGUCCAAAUUUUGGAGGUCCACCAACAAAAAUAUUAAUUGACAUCGAAGUUCGUAGUAUGGGACCUGUUUCUGAGAUUGAUAUGAGUUACUCUAUGGACUGUUAUUUUCGUCAAAGUUGGGUUGAUAAGAGAUUAGCAUUUAAGGGGACCAUGUCUACUUUAGCACUUUCUAUUUCCAUGUUAGAAAGAAUUUGGAAACCAGAUACUUACUUCUAUAAUGGGAAACAUUCUUAUCUACAUAUGAUUACCACACCAAAUAAAUUCGUUCGUUUACAUCAAGAUGGAAGAGUUUUGUAUUCUUCAAGGUUAACAAUUAGAGCAAGUUGUCCCAUGAAUUUAGAAAAUUUCCCAAUGGAUAAACAGAAAUGUCCUUUGGAAUUUGGAAGUUUUGGUUAUGCCUCAAAGGAUGUUUUAUACGUAUGGAAUCCAGCAAGAUCAGUAGUGACAGCACCGGACAUGAAAAUGUCAAUGUUCGACUUGAUUGGCACACCUUCCGGGAAUCAAACAGAAACGAUGAGGAAAGGUUCUUUCUCUGUUCUUCUGGUAAGCUUUCACUUACAACGUCACAUGGGUUACUUUAUCAUUGAAGUGUACGCACCGUGUAUCAUGUUAGUUGUACUUUCCUGGGUGUCAUUUUGGAUAAAUCGUGAAGCUACAGCCGAUCGGGUAGCUCUAGGUGUGACAACAGUAUUAACAAUGACUUUUCUGGGUUUAGAAAGUCGAAAUGAUUUACCUAAGGUGCCUUAUUGCACAGCAUUAGACUUCUAUGUUGCUAUUAGUUUUGUCUUUAUAUUUGCUACUAUAGUGGAGUUUGCUAUGGUUCAUUAUUUUACUAAAAUUGGUAGUGGUGAAUAUUAUUUUCCACCCGAUUCCAGCUCAGAAGAUUCAUCUGGUGACGAAGAACACAUAACAAUUGCUUCUCCGGGACCUCAAACCUCGAAUGAAUCUUCAGAAAAAAUUAUUUCUGUAUAUUGUAUGGAAGGCAUUCAACGAAAAGAUUCUAGAGAUGCAACAGGAUACCAUAGAAGGAUAUCUGAUCCAUCCGUUUCUCAAAGUGAAAGAAGGCAACGUUUAUCAACAAAUGGCCGAAUUUUGGGUCGUUUAUCAUUAAAUAAACGAUCUUCCUUUCUGUUGAGGAGGAAUUUAAGAAGUACAGCAGCAAAUCACUUCCAAUUGAACAGCGUUAGUAAAAUUGAUCGCAUAUCAAGAGUGUUCUUUCCAGUUUGUUUCAUCAUGAUCAAUAUAGUUUAUUGGCUCACAUACUUAUAGCACUCAUCUGACAUUAGAUAGUUACACAAAGAACUAUAAUAAUAAUAAAUAUAAUUAAAGAAAUUAAUAUAUAUGUGUGUGUGUGUGGCAAGACAGU